UGUAGCUUGUUUCCGGCUGUGUGUGAAAAAAGAUUGUGGCGCUCUGUGUGUGUGAGAGAGGGUUGACCUCUGGGGAAGAGACUGCAAAUAAAAUGGCCUAAACAGUUGCUAUGUACUUAAAAUGCAAACUCUAUAUGCCAUUAGCGCGAUCCAAAUGACCUGUGCUUAGCGGCCAGCUUUGUUACGUUUGAGACCAUCCACAUUAUCAUAAUGGUGCAGUCCAGAAGGGAAGUAAGAAUUCUGCUGCUGGGAGAGCCCGGAGUGGGGAAAACUUCGCUCAUCCUGUCACUGGUCAGUGAAGAGUUUCCCGAGGAGGUACCGGCCCGGUCGGAGGAGAUCACCAUCCCCGCCGACGUGACGCCCGAAAAGGUGCCCACGCACAUCGUCGACUACUCGUCUCUGGAGCAGACAGAAGACCAGCUGCUGGCGGAGAUACUCCGAGCACACGUCAUCUGCGUCAUCUACGCCGUCGACGAUGAGGACACCCUGGACAAGGUGACGGACUACUGGCUGCCGCUGGUGCGUCAAACUCUGGGGGAAGAGCACUCGACGCCCGUCAUACUGGUCGGAAACAAGGUGGACCUGGUGGAGUACAGCACGCUCGAGGCCGUCAUACCCAUCAUGAACGAGUUCGCCGAAAUCGAAACAUGCGUAGAGUGCUCGGCGCGGACGUUGAAGAACAUCUCUGAGAUGUUUUAUUACGCGCAGAAGGCCAUUCUGCACCCCACUGCGCCCCUGUUCAACACAGCCGAACGAGACCUAACGGAGGCCUGCAAAGCAGCGCUGGGUAGAAUCUUCAAGAUUUGUGACAUGGAUAACGACGGUCUUCUCUCGGAUACGGAGCUCAACACGUUCCAGCGUCGCUGCUUCAACGCGCCACUGCAGCCACAGGGACUCGACGACGUCAAGUCCAUCGUCAUGAAGAACGUCAGGGAUGGCGUGGUCGACGACGCGCUUACACUGGACGGGUUCCUGUUCCUGCACUGUCUGUUUAUUCAGCGCGGCCGGCACGAGACGACGUGGACCGUGCUGCGGAAAUUCGGCUACGGAGACGACCUGACGCUCACCAAAGAGUACCUCUUCCCGCCCCCUGUCGUCCCGUCCCGUCCCAGCCUGUCUCUAGCGGCGCGCCUGCUGCCCGGCUCGCCCGUCCGCCGUCUCCCAAUCAGUCCGAGCCACAGCGAGACCGCCCUGCACACGGCAGCACUCGACUCGUGGAGUCUGAGGAUCCCGCCGGGCUGCUCGACUGAGCUGACUCACCAGGGAUAUCAGUUCCUCCAGGUGAUGUUUGAGAAGUACGACCAGGACAAGGACGGCUGUCUGGACCCGGAGGAGCUCAUCCAGCUCUUCUCCACCUGCCCCUAUAUACCCUGGGGAAAGCAGGUGUACAACACGGUGCCGACGGACAGCCGCGGCUAUCUGACGCUGCAGGGCUACCUGUCUCAGUGGACGCUGUGGACACUGCUGGGAGCCGGCCGCACGCUCGAGUACCUCGGACACCUGGGGUACAGCUACGUCAUGGAGGAGCCCCAGUCGGCCGCCAUACACGUGACCCGGGAGAAGCGGCUGGACCUGCAGAAGAAGCAGACGUCCCGCACCGCCUACCAGUGUCACGUGAUCGGACCGAAGGGCGCCGGCAAGACAACGUUCUGCCAGGGACUGCUCAACAGGAACGCUGAGUCGGUGUCCUCUGUGCUCGAGUCGGACCUCUCGAAGCAGACCAUCAGCCCUGUGCAGGUAUACGGCCAGGAGCGCUACCUUCUGCUGCGCGACAUAGACGUGCACUCCGUCACCGACACUCUGCUGCCCUCGGAGGCGCAGUGCGACGUGGUCUGCCUCGUGUACGACGUGGCCGACCCGCGCAGCUUCGAGUACAUCGGCGGCAUCUAUCUGAAGUACUUUGCCGAGACCCCAGUACCGUGCCUAGUGGUGGGUAACAAGAGUGACCGCGGCGAGGUGCGUCAGCAGUACAUGGCCCAGCCGGGGGAGUUCUGUCGCCGGCACCGUCUGCCGCCCCCGCAGACGGUCACCUGUACGGGCACAGUGCGGCGCGACGUCUACCUCAAACUGGCCACCAUGGCCGCCUACCCUCGGUUCCUCCCGGCCUGGAUGCUCUUCUCGCGCAGUGGAAGGCACCUGCGGAGUAUGGGCCUGCUGCCGCGCGACAACAGCGGCUGGAUGAAACUCGGACUCGGAUUGGCCGCCGUCGUGUGCGGCGGCUUCCUAUUGGCCCGCUACGCCCGGUUCCUGCACCAAUGAGCGACGAGCAGGCGCCCGGCGGGCUGAACAAGCCUCGAUAGUGAAUACAUAGGACAGUGUUGUGUGCUGAUCAGUGUAAAUGGCCUCUGGAGUUGAGUGUAACUCGGGAGUGUGGAGUGAUGUACUCCAAGCGUAGGUGUGAGUGAUGCAACUCUGUACAGAGACUAAUUAUCUCGAAAUUGGAAUGAACUUGGCUGAGGUACCAACCAUAUUGUGAGGUGAUGAAAACAGAUAGUCAGGUUUGUGUGAUCCGAUCAAUAACUGUGGAAAGGAUUUUCAGAGCAAAACGCAUGGUAGAGCUACCGGAUACCGAAGACUUCCAGCCCUGAAACACCUUAGAGAUGCCGUUUCUUUGAAGGAGUCCGGCUUUCACAUUCAUGGCACGCUUUGACGCGUGACUGCGGGAACGCCAAACGUAUGCUGCUUUAUCCCUGUACUUCUUCUGCCUUUGCGAUGGCUCUGAUGAGACUUCCCGAAAGUAGCUAUAAUUCCAGUCCGAUAUGCAAAGUGCUGUAUAUUUGUAUGCGAUGGCAUGGUGUUUGUGCAGGGGUGAGCAGGUUGUCUUCAGAAGACGAGCGUUAUUCGACGAGCAGUUAUUCCUAACUCGACUCGCUCGCCAAGUAUGAACGUAGCAGAUGUGUACGUUGUCCUGAAGAACAUUUGCUCUCAGCGUAUCACUGAUCAGGAUGCAAUGAUCGGUGUGUAAGGGGCGUGCAUUUGCCGGAUCGGUGCUUGUUUGAGAGACGAUGUGUCGUCUUUGGAGUCCUUAUGACGUCACGUCUUUGAUCUUGCGACGUCUGAUCGCGCUGUAAAUUAUUCGGACAGUCUUGAUUGCUUGUCUGUGCCACGAUAUCUUUGUGUCUGCUGAGAGUGCCAUUUUCGGACGGCAGAGGCUCGAUGACGUCAUAUAGUUACUGAUGACGUCACUGGAGCGAUCGGAGCCCGCUGUGUGACGUCACAACACGGCGGGAUAGUCUCGAACGGGCGCCUCUAAGGCGAGAAUGAACAGACUGCUGGGUGGUUUAGCUCGCUAUAUCCUGAGAGUGAGGGUCGAUGCUUGUGUGUCAUGCAUAUGAUGUGGGAACUGGGAACGCGUGUGUCUGAUUGUGGAUCGUGUUUGUAUGAAAGACAGUAUGCUAUGUAGGAGAGCGUGGUUAUGACGAUUGUGGCGAUUGAUCGUCACGUGUACAUAGACGCUGGUCGCGACGGUGUGCUCUAUCUAGGCCGGUGUGUUUGACCCUCUAGAUCGGUCUGACCCCCGGGAUCAGAUGGUUAGACCCCAUGGGCCGGUGAGAACCCGGAUGUGGUCAAACCCCGGUGUGUUGGGUGUGAGCAGUUGAGGAAUCCUGCAGUUAGCGGACCUAAGCGAGCCGAAAACCCGUGGACGGCUCUGUCCGCAAGAUCUAGGUAAAUAAAGUACAAACCCUA